UGUCCAUUUCUCUUUAUUACUACUGGCCGACUCAGAUUAAAUCUGAGGUUUGUAACAUCAACAGUGAGGACAAACCCAGCCUGCCUCUCUCCUUCCACACUGAGUCCAAACCUACAGUCACUGGGUCCUGAUUGUGACAGUGGAGCCCAGUUUGCACUGCAGGAUCCAGAGAUGGCAUCAGUGAAGCUGGAAGACUGCAGUCAAACACUGGAGCUGAAUGUCAACAUUAAAGAUGAAGAAGAGGAGGAGAAGAUUGGGACAUCUGUUAGUCAUGGAGACCAUGUUGAGACAUUCUCUACAUCCAGAGAGCAACAGCAGGAAGAUCACAGAGCUAAGAGGUCUCACCUCUGCCCACAUUGUGGGGAGAUUUUCCCAAUUCUAUCAAAACUAGAAAUGCACCUGAAAAUACACACAGGAGAGAGUCUGUAUUCCUGUACUGACUGUGGAAAAAGCUUCAAAACAUCAAGGUCUCUGACAGUUCAUCAGAGAACACACACAGGAAAGACGCCUUUCUCCUGCUCGGAAUGUGGAAAAAGUUUCUCUCAACAGAGCAAUUUAAAAACACACCAACGUAUACAUAAAGGAGAGAAGCCUUACUCCUGCUCUGACUGUGGGGUCAGUUUCUCUGGAUUGGAUACCUUAAAAACACACAAACGUAUACAUACAGGAGAAAAGCCAUAUUCCUGCUCUGACUGUGGGAAGACAUUUUCUCAACUGGUCCAUUUAAAUGCACACCGACGUAUACAUACAGGAGAGAAGCCUUACUUCUGCUCUGACUGUGGAAAGAGUUUCUCUCAACAGAGCAGCUUAAAAUCACACCAGCGUACGCAUACAGGAGAGAAGCCGUACUCCUGCUCUGACUGUGGGAAGUGCUUCACAACAUCAUCUGCAAUAAACGUUCAUCAGAGAACACACACAGGAGAGAAGCCUUACUUCUGCUCUGACUGUGGAAGGAGUUUUUCCCGGUUGAAUACCUUAAACUGUCACCAGCUAAUACAUACAGGACAGAAGCCUUACUUCUGCUCUGACUGUGGGAAGAAUUUCUCUCUACAGAGCAGCUUAAAAUCACACCAACCUAUACAUACAGGAGAGAAGCCUUAUUCCUGCUCUGACUGUGGAAAGUGUUUCUCUCGACAGGGCAGCUUAAAAUCGCACCAACGGAUACACACAAUAGAGAAGCCUUUUUCAGAAUAAAACCUUAAAGUAUCCUCCUUUUUAAAUUAAGUCUUACAGAGUUGGCUACAAUGUCAUCCUCCAGACAAGGCAGAUCUCAUAUUACAGCAAAUAAUAUGGCUCAGCUCCAAUGUACUGAUAGAUAAAACAAGAAAACUUGUAUUGUAAAAAAAAGUGUGUAUAAUAUCUAUGAAGGACAUACAUUUUCAACAUUUUACAACACACAACAUUUUCAGACAAGAUAGAAAGGCCAAAGAGGGUGGUGUUGCAAUCUACUGAUGGACAGAACUCUGCAGGCUAACUAUCCAGGUCUGU